AGCCUCUUCUAUAAAACCUAAAACCCAGAAACCCUAGUCCUCCUCCAUUGGCGGCCACCUUCGAGUUGUGAGAUUUUGUCUCUGGAUCUCUCGUUCUCUCUUUGUAGUAGCCAUGGUGGUCGCGAAGAAGACGAAGAAGACUCAGGAGAGUAUAAACAAUAGGCUUGCGCUGGUGAUGAAGAGCGGGAAGUAUACUCUUGGCUACAAGACGGUUCUCAGAUCUCUCCGGGGCUCAAAGAGUAAGCUUAUUAUUAUCUCAAACAACUGUCCCCCUCUAAGGAAGUCUGAAAUUGAAUACUAUGCAAUGUUGUCUAAGGUUGGAGUGCAUCAUUUCAAUGGAAAUAAUGUUGAUUUGGGAACAGCCUGUGGCAAAUAUUUCCGUGUGUGCUGCCUCAGCAUCACCGAUCCAGGUGAUUCUGACAUCAUCAAGAGUAUUCCUGGCGAGCAGUGAGAUUGUAGUUCAUGCGUUCAAGUGUUAGGAAGAUGAUUCAUGGCUGUGUUUUUUUUUCUUUUUCUUUUUCUUUUCCUUUUUUUUUGUGAGCUUGUCAGAAAUUACCUCAAGUGUUACAAGGAAACACUCUUGUUAGUAUGUUAACUACAAUUUUGAAUUAUUCUCUGCAAUCUGAUAUUUAAAUGACCUUUCUAUCA